ACCGCCAAGUCUUUCUUUUGAAGUCACACCCAUAGGACCACAGAAUUGGGAGGAUGAAAGAAUGGCCAUGGAAGCUCUCCAUGGUGACCCUCGAGGUGAUAUGAGAUUUACUACUGAUGAUGACAUAACCUUUGGUGGAGUAGGUACAAAAGACGUGAAAUAUCGUUGGCCCGGAUACCCAGGAAAACCGGAGGUGGCAUAUGAGAUCCACUCUUCACUAUCAAGCUUGAAGUCCAAGAUUAAAACGGCCAUGGACCAAUAUCAUAAGCACACAUGUGUUAAAUUUGUGGAAAGGAAGAAACAAAAAGACUAUGUACUGAUUAUAAAGGGUGAUGGAUGUUGGUCCUAUAUAGGUAAACAAGGUGGAAACCAAACUUUGUCUUUAGGCAAAGGAUGUGAGUACGUUGGAACCAUUGUACACGAAUUGGGACAUGCCGUUGGUCUUUACCACGAACAACAGAGAUCGGACAGAGAUCAGUUCAUCACUGUGAACAUGACCAACGUCAAGAAAGGUUUUGAGGGCAAUUUCAACAAGAUCAAGCCUUCCGAAGAAUUGAGGUACACCACAUACGACUACAACUCCAUCAUGCAAUAUGGCGAAUACGCUUUCUCCAGAGCUCCUAAAAUACUCAAGACGAUGGUCGCCAAGGAUGGAACGCCACUGAAGGAGCCAUACGAGAAGCCCGGGCUUACUGCCAAAGAUAUGGAUGUCAUCAACAAAAUGUACCAGUGUAAAUGA